UUCCCUUUUCCAUUCUCCCUCCCUUUCUUCUUCGAGAGGAGAAUGGCAGCCUUCGGCUCGGCGUACGCCUCUCCUUCUUGCUCCUCAUCUCUUUCGUUUUCCCACGUCUCCCCUUGCUUCUUCAGAUCAGCCUUCGUCUGCUUCCACAGGCCCUUCCGGGCCAGACGCCAGUCUCUCAGCAAUUCCCAUCCCACUGCCGGAAACGAUGAACAGGUGGAGGGGGUUUCUCAGAAGAGGUUUCCAGGGAGAGGGAAGGACGAGAAGGCGUACUUGCCACCUGACGGUGGUAGAGGAGAUGCAGGACGGUCGCAGUCUCAUUCUCAGUCGACUGUGUUCAAGUCGAUUGCUACGCAGAAAAGAGACACGCGCGCGGUUUAUGAUCUUAAAGAUCAGCAGGCUGACAACACUAGAAAUCUUCAAGACUCAGAUUUCCUUAAUGCGGUGGUUAAGGUUUAUUGCACUCAUACUGCUCCUGACUACUCACUUCCUUGGCAGAAACAACGUCAAUUUACCAGCACUGGGAGUGCUUUCAUGAUUGGUGAUGGGAAACUUUUGACUAAUGCUCAUUGUGUAGAACAUGGCACUCAGGUCAAAGUGAAGAGAAGGGGGGAUGACACUAAGUAUGUGGCCAAGGUCUUAGCUAGAGGCAUAGAGUGUGACAUUGCAUUACUUGCAGUUGAGAGUGAAGAAUUCUGGAAAGGUGCUGAACCACUUCGUUUUGGUCAAUUGCCAUGCCUUCAGGAUUCAGUAACUGUUGUAGGAUAUCCACUUGGUGGAGAUACAAUCUCUGUGACAAAGGGUGUGGUAUCACGAAUUGAGGUUACGUCGUAUGCUCAUGGAUCCUCUGAUCUGCUUGGUAUUCAGAUUGAUGCUGCAAUAAACCCUGGAAACAGUGGUGGUCCUGCCUUCAAUGAUCGUGGUGAGUGUAUUGGUGUGGCAUUCCAGGUUUUCAGAUCCGAAGACACUGAAAAUAUUGGAUAUGUUAUUCCAACCACUGUGGUUUCUCAUUUUCUUGAUGAUUAUGAAAGAAAUGGGAAGUAUACUGGAUUUCCUUCUCUUGGGGUAUUACUUCAGAAAUUGGAGAAUCCAGCAUUGCGGGCAUGCUUAAAAGUACCUUCUAAUGAGGGCGUAUUGGUUCGAAGAGUUGAACCCACUUCGCCAGCUAACGAUGUUCUCAAGGAGGGUGAUGUGAUUGUAAGCUUUGAUGGCGUUCAAGUAGGGUCAGAAGGAACUGUUCCAUUCCGUUCAACAGAGCGGAUUGCCUUUCGCUAUCUGAUUAGUCAAAAAUUUUCUGGUGAUGUUGCAGAGCUUGGGAUCAUCCGAGAUGGGACCUACAUGAGAGUUCAGACUGUUUUGGAGACUCGGGUGCAUUUAGUGCCAUUUCACAUCGAGGGAGGUCAACCUUCAUAUCUAAUUGUUGCAGGCCUUGUAUUCACUCCUCUCUCAGAGCCUUUGAUAGAAGAGGAGUGCGAAGACUCCAUUGGGCUUAAAUUGCUGGCAAAGGCUCGAUAUUCUUUGGCAAGGUUUAAAGGUGAAGAAAUUGUGAUACUGUCUCAGGUUUUGGCCAACGAAGUGAAUAUUGGGUACGAGGAUAUGGGGAAUCAACAAGUGGUGAAAUUCAAUGGCACUCCAAUAAAAAAUAUUCGACAUCUCGCUCAUCUAGUGGACUCUUGCAAAGACAAAUACUUGAUAUUUGAAUUCGAGGACAAUUUCCUAGCUGUUUUGGAUCGAGAAGCUGCAUCAACUGCUGGGCCAUUGAUUCUGCAAGCUUAUGGGAUUCCCGGCAAAAGGUCAUCUGAUUUGUUGGAGCCUUAUAUAGACUCCGAAAAAGAUGAUGGAAUACCAAAUCAAGAUAUUGGCGACAGCCCUGUGUCGAACUAUGAGAUUGGAUUCGAUGGUCUCUUAUGGGCAUGAACUUCAAUGGUGCAAUUCUUUCAAAACAGAUUUCUCAUGGAUAAACAAUGCUACAUCAGAGUGAUGAAUUUCUCAUGCCAGCGACUUCUUUUCCAAAGAUAGCGAAAGGUGGGGCAUGCCGUGCCACUGAGUUGCUAUACAGCAGGCUAAUUAUUUGCAAUCAACGCAGCGCAGCUGGUGACUUGGAUCACAAAUGGCUGAAAGAAUUUAUUCCAGCAUUCUUCGGGAUCGCCUCUGAUUGCUGGAGUUGUUUUUCUUUACCCAUUCCUUUUCAAUUCUUAAUAAGGAAUUUGCUAUUGUCGAUUCAUAUUGUAGUUACUUUAUUACGAGAGAGAUUCAGGCGACAAGUUUUAUUCCUGAAAAAUGUCCCCUAAUGUACCUUUCCUGCAACAUAUUAAUUGAGCUACUUAUUGUUUGGGUAGCAAGAUUGUUGUUUUUUUUUCUUUCUGUUUUUGUUAAUCCAUGUGUCCGGCUUUUGGAAUCGAUUAAUCCUGGAGGUAGCGGUCAGCAUCUCAGGGCAGUUAGGAAUA